UUUAAUUUUUUCCGUUUAGCCGUUUGGCGUGUAGGUUUUAAUUUCCAAAACUACCCUUAGGGUUUUUUUAGCUCACUUUUCUUUAGCAGCAAAAUAGACAGAAGCCUCCGAUUCCGACGAUUUUCUCUGUCAAUAAUUUCAAACAAAAUCUUGUCUCUCUAAAUCCAGUUAUUUUCAAUUUCUUCUAACUCCUUUUAAACCGGCUCAAAAUGACCGGAUCUGGAGCCGGAGAGGGCCCAAGCCUGAUAAAGCAACUAGCGGCUUGCGACAAGUCGACCCGAGACAAAGCCGUACGGUCUCUCCUCGACACUUGGCUUCCUUCUCAGACGGAUGUCUCCGAUGAAGAGAUGAAGAGACUCUGGAAAGGUCUCUUCUACUGCGUUUGGCACGCCGACAAGCUACCGGCUCAGUCGGACCUCAUCGAAAAGCUUUCCUCGGUUCUCCCGAAGCUCGAACAAGGUCUUUCUCUCCAUUAUUUCUCUGUUUUUCUUCUUACGAUGCGUCGAGAGUGGACUGGAAUUGAUAAGCUAAGGUUAGAUAAGUUUUACCUCUUAAUUCGUAGGUUUUUGAAUUGCUUUUUCGUUAUGUUGAAGAGAUGGUCGUGGGAUUUAGAUUUUACGCGUCGUUCGAUUAGGGUUUUAGUUGAUGGAACUUUUUUAGCAGAUGAUAAGUUUCGAGGGAAUGGCGUUAAUUAUCAUAUUGCUUCGGUUUUUCUCGAGGAACUGAGGCCCUUUCUUCCGGUAAAAAGGGAGGUUCUUGAGGUUUUGUUGGAACCAUUUGUUGGAAUUAUGGGGAAAGUGAGUGAUAAGGUUUUGGUUGGAAAGAUUAGAAGCAAUGUGUUCGAUGUGUUUGUUAAAAUGGGAAGGAUCUUGUUGGAACUUAAGAGGUCCGUUAAUGAGGUUGAUGAAGGCGAUGAUUUGGUUGUGAUGGGGACGAUUAGUUUGGUGAUGGGAUUCUCUACAAAGUUUUAUGAAUUGGGUUCUUCAGUGGAUUGCUGUCAGGGUAAUAGAAAGAUUGUGUUAGGAUUACAUGAGGAAUUCUUGAAGUUGGAGAAGGAUUUGAUGUCAUUGGGUAUUGAUAUUUCUAUUCCUGAGGGUAAUGAAGGGGAUGAAGAAGAUGAGGUGCCUGAAUUGAUACCUAUUGCUAGUGAGAUGGAAGUGGAUGGUUCUAAUGGUGCUUCAGAGCCGGUUGAAGUUAAUGCUAAUGUUCCUGCCAAUAAGGUGUCAAAGAAGAGCAAGAAGGCGAAAAAGGCCACUGGGGACAGUGGCAAAAAGACUAAGAAAAGCAAGAAUGCUGAAUGUAGCCCUGCAGAUCAGGAGAAUGAUUUUAUGGUACCUGCAGAAAGUGCCAGUUCUAAUAUUAAGCAGAAUGGUGAUGGGGAUUCGAUAACAUUUACUGAAUCAGUGAUUUCAAACCUUCAGCUCCAGUUUGAGAAGGUUGCCGAAGAAGUGGGCUUGAAUAAUGAUGUUGCAAGUGCCUGUGAUUUGCCUAAAGUUAAUGGUGCUGUCUCCAAGAAGAGAAAGAGAGCAAAGAGUAUGGAUGGCAAAAAAUCUCAGAAUGGGGAGCAAACCACUCAAGAGGAUGGUGAAGGUGGUGGAACUGCAAAAACUUGUGAGAAUAGCACAAAGAGGGUAAGAUUUUCAAUUAAAAACAAUUUGGUUUGGAAGCCCCACAGCCCUUUACCUCCACUAAGCUUGAGAUUACCACCCUCUGUUACUCCUAGAGGAAGUGCACUUAAGAAAGGGAUACCUCCUGGUCCUAUAAGGGAAAUGCCUCCUAUGGCAAAGAAGGUAAAGAAAGCUAAAUCUGUGAAGAAGGCUAGGAGAGUAAGAAAGAGCAUGUAUCCACUAGUCAAUCGCACAAAGAAGUUGAAGUCUAAGUCCUCUUAGCAGAGUCUGCUUUGUGAGUUUGUUCUUUCAUGGAAAAAAGUUUUACAUGCGUAGUCAUUAAAAUUGUUCUAAAUUUGGUAAUUUUUGUCUUUUCUCAGUUUAGACUUUCAAUCACAUAUGCUCUUUGACUUUGUAGACCUUUUGGUCCUUGUAUUCUGAAGUUGAUUGUGAUGACAAGGUAAUUUAUCCCUGAGUGAAAGAUGGACCUUUGAUUGAAUUAUAUUCUUUGCCUUCUGGUGGAUAUAUGAGUUAGCGAUAUUGGAUUGACAUUUUUAUUUCAUUGCUCCUCAAAAGUUUAUAGCAUUUUGCAUUUAUAUUUUUCUUAUUUUUGGGAUAUCAUUUGACUAAUUUUUGUAUUGAGCUAUUUGUUGUGCAUAUGCGUUCUCAUUGAUACGAAUCUGAUUGCAAUUGUUGAGGAUUUAGGAUUUGUUCUUCCUUUGUACCUUUUCUAGAUCUUGUAGUCUUCCAUCUUCCCUUCUGAAUCGUCAUGUUUACACUGUUUUUCAUGUCUUUAGUAUGGUGUCUUUUCACUUCAGCAAUUUUUUGGGUCAUUUUCCCUCUUUCCAUGUGAAUAUCAUCAUCAUUAUCAUCAUCAUGUCUCUCACAAGAGAUUAAAUGUCCUUCAUAAGCCAGGAUCUAAUUGGAAAUGAAAAUUGCCUCUGCUCUUCUGAAGAGUAAUUUUAACUUUUAAGUUGUAAUUAAGUCUGAUUAAAAGUAGUUCUAAUAUGCAUAUACAUAUACAAAUGUGUAACU